GUUUCUUCUCCCUAAUCGCCAAUUGAUCUUUGAUUGACUUGAAACUUGUGCCUAUGCUUCACUUUAUGUGCUAGGACCUGAAAUGUGACAAAGGAACACAACCUAGCGUAAAAUAGGCCAAAGACGCGAUAAUUAAAGCUCAAACAGUCAAGAAACAAAGGGGAAAACAUGUGCAAAUAUCGAGUCAUCAAAGGGGUAUGCAAGAGUUCACGAUGAUCUAUUAUGGGAUUGUCAUCUCUUAAAUAGAGGGAACACCUAGCCUCCUAGGGUACAUGAGGGGUGACAGAAGGAGGAACCUCUCUACUAAGUUGGAACUAGAGGGCUAAGAGCUGAGGUCUCGGAACUAGCUAUAGAGUAUGUCAUUAAGACAACCGAGUAUAGACAAGUAAGUAGAAUGUUCAAUAAAUGUUCUAGUGAAUGGAGAGAAUUCGAGGAAACACAUGGAAGUUUCGAUGAAGGAUUGAGAAUAUGUGUAGGUGACUCGUGUUCAAGAAAAUGUAUAGUGGAGUACGACGAGGAAAAACAUUACUAAGAAGGAGGAAAUCAUUAAGUUACCUUACCCAUGGUUCCCCACUCUGAGCGAGUAUGACAUAGUAGGAUGUCAUCCAUAAAAGAAGGCCAGUUAAGGAUAAAUUAGUGAUAUUUAGUUGAGCCACUAAGAGCCAUGACUAAGAGAUUAAGGCUAUGUACAAGCAUCGGUUGAGACAAAUGACGUGAAGGAGGUAUGUUCAAGCCUACCAAGGGCAAGCCACUAUUGGAAGCUUUGACCCAAAACAACAACGAGAAGAUACUCAACAAAGUUUGGUGACCGAAAAUAGUACAAAGCACCAACAGAAGGGUAGUAAAAGUAAAGAAGCAAGGAGAACACCAUAGGACGCUAUAGGAAAUAAAAUAAAAAAGGUGGUUGUCGACCGGACAAUGAAUGCGUGAAGGAAGAUAGUUGGGACGUGGUCAAGCACCAUCGUGAGUAGAAGUCGUGGGUGUUAUCUGUCAAGUCUACCUAGAGAAAGUUUCUAGUGGAAAUGUUGGCUCUGAGGUAUGGCGAGGAGCUACUAAACUGAGUAGAUCAAAGCUAGUACCAAGCAUCGAUGAAGGAGUUGUGGAAGUAAGGAGGAAACCACAAGCUAUAAUGAAAGUUAUGGUGAAAAGGGUGGUAGUUGAUAAAAAGACUAAUUCACGGAGAAAGAUAGUUAGGAAGAGCCGGCGAAAGAAUACGAAGGUCAACAAGGAGGCGUUAAGGUGAUGGCCAGUGGAGAAUAAGUUGGACCAUAGGAAGCCCAUCAAGAAUGGAGAAGCUUAAUGGUCAACUUUAAGGUAGAAGUGAACAAGUAUGCAAAAUGUGAGGUCAUGAUUCUGGAAAGGAGUCAUAAAGUUGUUAGCAAGAUAGAGAAAGAUGCAAAGGAUGCCUCUAAUGCAUACAGGAAGUAGAAGCAGUACUAUGAGGUUCCAACACUAAGCAACAAGUAACGAGGAGGUGACCAUUCAGUUUAUGGUUAAGGGAUAAGACGAGGCAUUGAGGAAGAAAGUAAGAGAUGCAGAGUUAGGAGACACAAGGACCUAGGUGACCUAUGAGGUCAAUCUGGACGAGAGUUACGUUAAAGGAGUUUACCAUCUGACUAGAUGGAGGAUAAUCCAACAUAUGUAACCCUGGGGUUCAAGAGGAACAUUAACGUCUCAUAUACCAAACAAUGGAUAGUUAUCGUUCCUAUAUAUGUACAAGGUGCAACCGAGGUAAUGUGAGGGGUUAAGAAGCCACAACAACAUUGAAGUUGCCGGGAAUGGAGAGAAGGAUUUUAGGUCAUGUCGUAUAAGUUAAAGGAAAUAAAAAUCCGCGAAGUGAAAAGUAUUACCAGAAGCGAUGCUUAGGGUAAUCACAGUGGACAAAUUUCGAGGGCGAAACUUCUAUAAGUGGGGAGGAAAUGUGAUACCUCGACUUCGAUAGGUUCAACAUCAAGUACUGGGCCCAAGUUGGAAAAUUUUGAAUAGGGCAAUGAGUCACUCAAACCUAUUUUAUGCUACCGAGCUAGAUGAGAAUACCUUUUGUUGUCAAGAGUACAUAUAAGAAUUAUAGUAAUCUACUCAAGACAAGGUAAGGGCACGCAUUGAAGUUCAUAUAGAAAGAGUGAAAUCUUGAGCUAAAGAAGCACGAGAAUGAGGAGUAUGGAAGGAUUGCGCCCGAUAAAAUUUCGGGGACGAAAUUUUUAUAAGGGUGGAGAAAAUGUUAAACCCCGCUCUUCCCAAAAGUCAAAAUGACUAUUUUACCCUUGGGUCAAGUUCCACCGUAUUACCAAUGAGGAUUAAAAAUGUGAACUAUUGGUUCAAACUGUGUCGAGUUUCGACAUAAAAUGAGGAAGUUAUGGAUAUUAGCGGAGUUUCGGAUUAAACUCACUCGAUACCAACUAAUCAGAAAAUUCCCAAAAUACUCCAUGGGUGUGGCAUAAAACUAACCUGAACCCUACCUCUUGCUAGCGGAAAUCAUCCUCCUAAAACCACCGGUCCCAGACACCAAAAAUCGACAUCGUCCUCUCCAUGUCGGAUCCUAAAGGAGAAGAAAUAUUUUUUCCAAGACGCCAUUGCUGGAAUACUUCCAUCGGCACUAAAAUUUCUUUGCAAUCGUCCUCACAACGCCGUAUCGAAAAGAAGAAGAACAACAAGAAAAAAAACUCUUCGCAGGCCAUCAAAAUUGCUAAUCAGCGCCGCUAGCUAUUAAUAGACUCGGUUGCUCAGAUUUCCAAGCGAAGAAAAGGGUUAAAGAAGUCUGCCUCGUCUGUGUUGAAACAAGCCGCCAUAAUAUUCUUCAUAGUGGCUGAUAUAGAGCAUAAAAAAUGGUGUUUGGUCUGAACCGAAAGACUGAAAGGGGAUUCAUGAAAGAAGGAAUUUUUUGUUUGAUUACCUGCAUGAUUCUCUCGACCAAGCUCUCUUGUCAUUGUUCUGGAAGCCGAUAGCGGUGCAGUGAGGGUGAUAGAGGUGGUAGCUGAAUAAGAUAGCCAACGCAAGAGGGACGAGUAGUAAAUCCAGUUCUUCCUUAUGGAAAUCCAAGGAGAAGCAGCGGCGACGUUGAUCCACCCUUAAUGAUGGCUGAGGUUCGUCAUCGGAUUACUGGGGUGAGUGUAAAGGGGGUAAAUUCUACGCCUUACGUAUUCAUUUAAGUAUUUUAGCGAAUUGGUUACCGUUGCUUGAUUAUGUUUAUUGAUUGAUUAUUUGUGCUUUGCUUGAUCUAUGAGUUUAAUAAACAGGUUCUUUUUAAGAAGUAACUCACCUUCAAGAAGAUGAAGUCGUUUUAAGUGUUUUUAGUCACUAGCGCCAGUUCAUUGCCUUUUGAGAAAUUUUGAGAUAGAGUAGCAGUUAUGCUCUUGAGACUUUUAAGAUGAGCAGAAGUUAUUCUCUUGAGAAUCGUGGUGAAGAGCCACCACGAUAAGUUUAAGAUGUUAGGGGGAUGAAUCAUUGCGACUCCCCUAACUAAGUUUAAGUUUAAGUUUAAGGAAAGCCUGUAUGGCUUCUCAUACAUAUGAGUUGGCAACAGGACUAGCUAGUGAGGGAUCCCUGUGUCAGUCAAGUAUUGAAGUCAAGAUUUGAGUUUUAAGAGAGGAGAGUAACUUCAACUCUCUCAAAGUUUAAGAGUUAAGAUUUUAAGAUUGGAAGUACAAACAACUUCCACUAGUUAAAGUUAAGUGUUUAAGUAAAGUACUCAAGUAUUAGAAAUAUUAAAACGUAAAGGCGUAGAUUGACCCCAUCUCAUUCACCAGUUUGAGGAGCUAGAGGAGCAGUUAGUGAGCAGCGAGUUCGAGGGCAGCCAGCUAGAGGAGUGCAGUAUAAGCGUCACGGAAGAUGCUUAGUCAAGGUUUUCAGUAGCAACAACUUCAGAGAUUAUUAGUUAUUUACAUUUAUGAUUAUGAGUACAGACUGGAGAUUAUUUUGAGAUCGGAUUGAGAUUUUAAAGUGUGAGUUUAAUUUGCCACGUGUUAGGGCUUUGCAUUGAACUUCAAGUGUGUUUUCGGUAUUUUAUUUAUGAAAAUUUUUCCCGCUGCAAUUUAAUAUUUGAGUAUUUUAUUUAUCAAGGGCAUUUUAGUAAAAGUAGUACCCGUCCGGGUUAGGAUGUUACAUUGACCCGCCCACCUGUAGGGCUAUUAAAGUUAUUCCUCUCCCGCGUUAGGAUGUGCCUGAUAGGCUUAUCUGGCAUAUUACGACCGAUGGAGUUUUCUCGGUGAAGUCGGCUUACCAUUUGACUGUCGAUUUGGACAGGAGGAGGGGUGGGUGGCGAUUCUCAGUUAGCUGGAUGGAUAAGCCCAGUUGGAUUAGAGUUUGGGAGGCGAAGAUCCCUCCGAAGUUGAAGGUUUUUGUUUGGCAAAUUCUUAAUCGGGCUCUUCCGACUACGGAGGCACUUAUUGAGAAAAAGGUCCAUGUGCUACCUCGGUGUCCAGUUUGUUGGGAUGGCCCGGAAACAAUGGAACACCUGUUCCUUUAUUGUCCGGUUGCGCGGGCUCUCUGGGAUUAUUCUGGGCUGGAAUACUUGGGGGAGGGUUUGCCUCGGCAUACUUUUCCUUUGUUUCUCAAACGUUUGUUGGCGUUGCUUCAUCAACCGUCAGUGGUUAUGGCUGUUGUUGCCAUCCUUUGGAGGAUCUGGCGAUCUCGGAAUUGGGUUGUCUUUGAAGGCAAACAAUUUGGGAUCCCGACGCUCAUGUUAAAAUUUAACCAACAGUAUGAGGAAUGGGUGGGUCUACCAGCGAACCAGGCGCCUAGGGUGCAAAUCACGAUGAUGCAAUCUACAUCACAAGUGGGCGAUUCCCAUUUGGUUUGCAUGUGGGACGGGGCUACAAAGGGUGGGUCGCAUUCAGCUGGUGGGAUGGUUCUUUUUGACCUAGCGCGGACACUCCUUCUGGCUAGAGGGGUCCAGUUUUCUCAAAUGGAUGAUCCUGUAGUGGUGGAGUUGCUUGUGCUCAGGGAAGCUAUUAUUUGGUGUGUGGAGCAAGGUUUGUCGGAGGUCCGAUUUGAGGGCGAUGCGAAGGUGAUUAUUGACAAAAUUAAUCAAGCCGACACAAGAGAUAGACGGUUGGGUACUGUUCUGGAAGAGAUUGGUCAUUAUUUUCGUACUUAGCCUGGUUUUAGUGUGCGUUUUGUAGGUCGGGAGAACAAUAUAGUAGCUCAUUUGGUAGCUAGUAAAGCCCUCUCUUUGUACCCGACUAUGAGUCGCUUCUUUGAUUUCCAAACCUGGCUGGUUUCCAAGGUGUAACUGUCUAUUUUUUCGAUCAACACAUGAUAUCUUUUGACCAAAAAAAAAAAAACUUAUAUGAGCAUAUCUUGGUAAAUGAGGUGCUUGAAUCUAAAUAGGCUUGUAAAGUAAGCGAAACGAUUAAGUGUACAUUGGCAAGUAGACGUAUAAAACUGUAUGGUGGUA